AUGUGUUUGAAAGCAAACAUUCCGUUGAAUAAACUAGAUCAUCCAGCUGUUCGCAGUUACAUGGAAAAAUAUGUGCCUGGCUCGGGUAACCUGCCUUCUGGAGAUAAUUUGAGACGUAAGUACGUACCACAGUGCGGUGUUUCGGAGAAAGAUGAAGUGAAACAAAAACUAAAUAAUCAGCCUCUAGUUGUGGUGGCCGACGAAACUUCUGACAAACAAGAACUCAGAACCACAGCAGUCUUGUUUCUUAGCAAGUGUAAAUUUUUUAGACACUGCCAAUGCUUCCACUUGUUCUCAAACAAUAUAUAA